UGUUUACCAGUCAGUGGCGGCGAGUGUCCGCAGACACAGAUCUGGGAUCGGAUUUGUUUGAGUCACCGUCCAAACACAACCUACGGUUCGCUUGGAAUGAUCUGACUCCAGGCGCGUGAUUCAGAUCAGCCUCGAAAAUCCGACUGAACCCGCGUAUCCGAGGACCUUCUUGUUUAACACACUGCCUGUCUUGAGAAGAAAAAAGAACAAAGAUAAAGAGAAUGGAAAGUAAAGACCAUUUAAUAUUCACUGACAUUCCUUUUAACUUUUUUUUUUUUUACUUUAUAUAAUUUGACAUUAUGGACCUCUCAGGCUCUUUGCCUCCACCUUCCCCAUACACCUUCCCUAUUAUUCCCAAUUUCUCUAUGCCCUCUACCUCUCCCUCCAUCUCUCCAUCACCAAGCCUGGCGUCCACUGCACUCUUCUGCUCCCUUCUCUCCCUCCUCUCCUUGCUGGGAAUCACAGGAAACCUGUACACUCUGGGCCUCCUACUGAGGCGUAGGAGAAGUAGGAGAAGACGUGGAACAGGACCAACCUGCUGCCUAAUGAGAAUACCUGUACCAUCCUGCCUUGCCAACUCCUCCUCCCCUUCCUCCUCCCCCAUCUCUUCUUCCGCCUCCUCCUCCUCCUCUCUUCACCUCCAGGUGCUGAGCCUUGCUCUUGCUGAUCUGCUCUACCUUUUCACCGCUCCCUUCAUUGUGUACGACAGCCUGGCGUCUGGCUGGGCCUUCGGUGAGCUGGGCUGCCGUCUCCUCCUGAGCCUCGACCUCCUCACAAUGCACGCCUCCAUCUUUACUCUCACUGCCAUGAGCCUGGACCGCUACCGUGCUGUGGCCCAUCCCCUCCACAUUUCCUCCACCAACUCCUCCGGCCCGCUGCGUGUAGGCCUGGCCUGGGGGCUGGCUGUGGCUCUUAGUCUGCCCAUGAUGAUCACCCUGCACCUGGAGGAUGGGGAGAACCAGGAGGGGCAGCUGUGUGUGCCGGCAUGGGACGAGCAGAGCUCCAAGGCCUAUCUGAGUGUGCUUUUCUGCACCAGCAUUCUUGGUCCUGGGCUGGCCAUUGGAGCACUUUAUGCUACGCUAGGCCGGCUUUACUGGGUGUCUCAGACUAGGCCAGCCUGGGCCAGUGGGGGCAGCACUGCUUGUCCUCCCCGUGCCCCCAAACCCAAAGUCCUGCUCCUCAUCCUCGGUAUUGUGCUCGCUUUCUGGGCCUGCUUCCUCCCUUUCUGGAUCUGGCAGCUGCUGCCUCUCUAUCAGCCAGACAUGCUGCGGACAGUACCAGUAGGGACACAGGUGACAGUGAAUCGUAUCCUCACAGGGCUGACCUAUGGAAACUCCUGUGUAAAUCCAUUCUUCUACACACUAUUGACUGGAAAACGAAGACGCAACCGGCAGACGCUGACAUCAGCAAAUCAGCUCUGCCGUAAGAGCAGUCCGAUGCAGUAGUGUGUGUGUCUCUCUUAACAGUAGAGACAAUAAUGUGAGUGUGUACACAUAUGUGUAAAAAGGUACUGUAUAUGAAUGCUUGAGUUUCAUAUUGGACACCAAAGACCUUUGAUUUAUCCUUAGACUGCAAACUAAGGAAACAGAACAAUACUAAGCAAAUGAUAGCACUUUGUAUAGAUGCUUUGACAAUCAAAAAGACCAUUUCUUUAAGAUGUGUCACCUAAUUAAGGCUUUAUCUGCAAACCUUUUCCCAACUUUGGUCAUAUCAAAGAAUCUGCCUUUAAUUGAUGUAGUAACCACGUUUACAUAUUGAUAAUUUGGUUUUAAAUGUUUUAAUGAUUAUAUAUCUGUGGUAGAGAUAAUAUGGUAUUUCUAAUGCAAGUGGUUACUAUGGUAAAUAAUUGUGCAAAGUUAUUUACCCAAAUCAACAGAUUUCUUAACAGAAAGGAAUGUUUUAUUUAGUCAACAUAUUUUUUGUCCCGUACUGUAUUAUUGUACAGUAACAUUAGGAAAGCAGAGUUAUGCUGUAUGUUCACACGUACAAGCAUUUCCAGUAAAACCCUAAUGCACUUCUGCUUGUUUUCAGAGAACUAUCAAAGAAAAUGUUUGUUUUUGAACAACUGGUCGGAUCCUCGUAGGGACAUUUUUCUGAGACAUUGUUUGUUGACUUAAUGAAUUAUGUUUGAGUGGGUCAACAGUCUUUUGUUUGCUUCCUCUGAACCCUGACAUAUCUAAAACAACUGACUUUUUAUAAUCACGACCUGCAUGUUGGGUUUGAAAAUGUACUUUUUGAAUCAUGCAAUGCUUUGCAUGGCCUCAAUUUGUGUUGAUUGUAACUGAUGUUUAUAAUGAUGCAUAAUAUAUAGCCUUGAAUAAAGAAUAUGCUUUCUGUA